AUGGAUCCAACCAACAAACAACUGAAUGCCGAGCUGAGCAGUUUUGUGCAGAAAAAAUCAUUUGCCCAGAACAUGAUGGACAUUGCGCUGCUCUCGGCGAACACCAACCAGCUACGUUACGUGAUAGAUUUGGGAGAAAAACAUCCGUACUAUAUGACCAGCUUGCUGCUCAUAUGCGUAAGCCUUGUGAUGCAGAUCGUCGUUGGAUUGUCCAUGGUGUAUUUAAACAGGUACAACAUGAAGGAUAAGAAGGAAAUGAAAGCGGCCUCACACAUGAACAACCUUUCAGUGGCGGGUGUGUUCUUGGUAACGCUGGUCAACGUGUUUAUUUCCACGUUCAAUGGGGCUGGUGUGGAGGUAGUACCAUCGGGAAUUGACACGGUAAUAAAUACUGACAACCUGGCACAGAGUAUUCCAACACUGGCAGCAAAUGCUACAUAA